AUGCUCUUCUCUGCCACCACUCUCCUCGCCCUCGCGGCCACUGCCUUUGCCCACCCCACGGUCGACACCCGUGAUGCCGCCCAAACCGUCCACCUCACCUUCCACGGCGGCCCGGCCGAGUACUCCAUGACUUUCCCUGCCGACGGUGUGGUUCGCAAGACCAACAACAACAUGGCCGUCAGCAUCAUCGACGCCCCAGACUACUUCGCCCAGAGCCACUGCACCUUCGUCACCGACACCGGCGUCACCUUCCAGGGCGCCAUCUCCAGCACCGGCGUCCAGCAGAUCCUCGUCGGCCCUCCCCAGCCCAUCCGCUCGGUGAGCUGCCAGGGUGUCUGCCUGCCCACUUACGGUGACUGCUACGUCAACGGCCAGUUCGCCGGCAUCUGCUGCUCCGGCUUCUGCGCUGCCAACAAGUGUCGCCCCUGGGUCAGCCCCUUCUAA